UGAGAGGGUCUUCGCUGCAGCCUGCGGAAAGGGGCGGUGACGGACCACUGUCAGUCUCAUACCUUAUAUGGAAAUUGGACUAUUACAUUCCGGAAAUGAAGGGGGCGCUAUUUUCACAGUCACUAGUAUAAAUACCUUAAAGAAGCGGGGUAAGAAGUUUGAGAGGUUUCACCACUGACAUUUGCCACGCGAUCCACAAUGCAAAAACCAGGAAGUCAGCAAAAGAUGCACGUAUCAAUUUGUAACACUGGGAUCGGAGCUAAAAUUGUUCCGUACUGCAUGAACAACAAGUACUACUGUCCCCUUUGCUCAUACAGUGCGGAUGAGUCUUACAAGGUUAAGAACCACAUUGCAAGAACUGCUGUGGUUCAACAUAACGAAUUCCAUAUCUUCAGAUGUGGCCUACCAUGUAGAGACACCACUCACUUCCAUUGUCCUUACUGUUUUUCCACCAUUGACAGAAGGGACAGGUUUGUUAAUCAUUUGGUUAAUCACAGAAUGACUUUUCACAUGGUGUCCAGCUGUGCAGCAGCCCAGCCACCUGUCCACCUACCAGCUACAGACAUCCAGGCUACACAGGCGCCUGUCCGUCCAGCAGCUACAGACAUCCAGGCUACACAGGCGCCUGUCCGUCCAGCAGCUACAGACAUCCAGGCUACACAGGCGCCUGUCCGCUCAGAAGAUAUGAUUACAUGUGAAAUGUGCAAUCUGCGCCUGAGAAAAAAGAAUCUUCGUAUUCAUUUGAAAAGAAAACACCAUGAAAAAGUGGAGCUGAUUUCACAAAAUCAUCAUUUAAGGAGUCAGUGUGUGGAUGCAAAAAAAGGUGUUUUUGCUGUUCAGAAAUCCUUUUGUGGUCCAUCAAAACCUAUACAUGUAAUCAAAAACACCUGGUCACAAUUUCACAGAUCAGAGUGUGAGCUUGACAGGUGUAAUGUGAAUGCACAAUUUGCCAAGCGAAGUGGGAUUUUGCCUUUUGAGUGUGAACACAUUCAAUCAUUACGCUUUUGUCCACGCGCCACAGACUCAGAAGGACCUCUGUCUGAAACUACCCUCAACAUCCUGGUUGACAACUUAUGGUUCAGUGUUAAAAGAAAAGAAGAACUUUUAAAAAAUCAGCAAGAGGCGCUAUCAAGUAAUACGCCGUUUUCAGUUCUUCUUUUUGGCAGUGGGACAGACACAACUUUUCACGUGUCUAUCUUUGAACCAAAAAUGGCAUUUUUCAGCAGACUUGGAAGGGUGAUUGUCACUUACGACAAAGGAAAAAAUACCUGGCAUUGUGCAUGUACAGAGGGCAAAAGGUCCUGUACGCACAAGGCUACGGCAAAGUGGCAUCUUUUUGAAAAAAUGCCAGACAUGUUCAAAGCAGCAGUACAUUCAGAGGAGGAUGUUAUGUGUGGGACAACAGUAUCAGAAUGUCAGGAGGAAAGUGGUUCCAUUACUGAUGAUGCAGCAGAGAGGAUAAUCAAGUAUUUGAUUUACCACAAGAAAAUACCUGCUGAUCUUCCUGACAGUCUUAUCACCAGAAGUAGAGACGCCAAGUCUCUCAAUGGGUUCCCCAAACAUCUGAUCCCAUCAGAGACUGAAUGCACAGAAUGUGGACA